UUAAUAUCACUGCAAUCGAGUUACUGCACACGGCGUACAAGAAAUGCAUAUUCAUUUAAAAUGUUAAUCGAAAACGCUAAAGCGGCCGAAGCUGUCUUGUUAUUUUGGCAAACGGCUCGCUUUGUAUCAAUCCGCAGCGGGGUCUUUUUUUGUACCUGGCUAGCUAGCUGGGUUAGCUUGUUUUUUGGCAGUGAUUCUCCUGCUAAAUAUGGCGCUUUGUAUUUUGGCUGCACCGUAUCAGCAUGAGAAACACUUUUAAGUUAACAGUUAGCCAGCGUGCUAAUGUUAGCUGUAGCUCGGCCAGACGGUCCCUCUUUUGAGUUAACCUCAGAUUUCGUUCGGAAGCUAGCGGGAGUAACGUUACAGGCUAGCUAUCUGUUGUGGAAAAACAAGGUUGGCCACCUGUCCCUGCUCUCUAUAAUGCCCCAGUGUUUGCAGCAUCUGCAGUGAACGUGAUGGCAGCCCAGUCGGUUUCCAUAGACAAGUACCCAAAGGGAGAGCAUCAGAUGCAAGGUGUGGCAGCAGUAGACAGCGAUUCGGAGCAGAAGUUCAUUGAGGGGACAUUAGCAGAGGCGUCCAGCCCGGCGCCCACAGAGCCGCAGACACCCAUGGACGCGGACAAAGCCUCCAUAUAUCGGCAUCCCCUGUUCCCCCUCUUGGCCCUGCUGUUUGAGAAGUGUGAACAGUCCACGCUGAGCUCAGACUGCAUCACCUCGGCCAGCUUCGAUGUGGACAUUGAGAACUUUGUCCGCAGUCAGGAGAAGGAGGGAAAGCCGUUCUUCAGCGAGGACCCCGAACUCGACAACUUGAUGGUGAAAGCCAUCCAGGUGCUGCGGAUCCACCUGCUGGAGCUGGAGAAGGUGAGCGACCUGUGCAAGGACUUCUGUAGCCGCUACAUCGCCUGCCUCAAGACCAAGAUGAACAGCGAGACUCUGCUGAGUGGAGACCCGGGCAGCCCGUACUCCCCCGUCCAAGGCCCGGUCCAGAACUUCUCACCCACCAAGACUCAGACCCCCAGCUCCAUCUCGGGGACACUCAGUCCCCAGGGGCAAAUCGUGGUGCCCGCGUCAGCCCUGCAGCAGGGCAACGUAACCGUGACAGCAGUGAACCCCACCCAGGUGGUCGCAGGUAUGUCAUCGUGGCAUACAACUCCUCCCUCAGGUGGCACCGUGUACCAGCCCGUCACAGUCGUCACUCCUCAGGGCCAGGUGGUUACACAGGCUCUGUCUCCUGGGACAAUACGCGUCCAAAACAAUCAGCUCCAGCUGCAGUUUCACCAGGACCUGAACCUCUUUAAUCACGACGACAACUCAACCAAGAACAAACGCGGCGUUCUGCCCAAACACGCCACCAACGUCAUGCGCUCGUGGCUCUUCCAGCACAUUGGGCACCCGUAUCCCACAGAGGACGAAAAGAAACAGAUCGCCACUCAGACAAACCUGACGCUUCUGCAGGUCAACAACUGGUUUAUAAAUGCACGGAGACGGAUCUUGCAGCCCAUGUUGGACGCCAGCUCCUCUGAGACGCCAAAAGCUAAGAAGAAGACGCCUCAGAACCGGCCACUGCAGCGCUUCUGGCCCGACUCCAUCGCCGCAGGGGGAGGAGCUCACCAGCAAGUCACCAUGCCAGACGGUACAAUGGUGACCAUGAUCGGGGAGAGUCUGCAGAGCCUGACGUCAGACGGCGCCACGCUGGCGGUCCAGCAGGUCAUGCUGGGAGGCCACAGCGAAGACGAGUCGGGGGACAGCGGAGAAGAGGACGACGACGCGGACAUGGCCGGGCUGGGCCUGGACAACAGCGACUCAUUGCAGUAGAGGACACACUCCCUCACACUCUGAUCCACACGUACACACGAGACGUGCGUAAACAGAAUCACACACACGCAUUAGGUUUACUUCGAGCACAAACCUGCGGGACUCGAACCGUCCUGCGCUCUUCCGACGCUCCACCCUGCUGAACGGCCGUUUACGCUGCGUGUGUGUACGUCAGGAGUUUCAUUUCAGAAACCCUUUUAUAAUUAUUUAGUUGAUGUAUGCGAGUGCACUUUUUUGUAUAUUUAAGCUCAAAAAAGAUUAAAUCCAACAAACGGAAGAGAAAAAAAGAAGUGUUAAAAAACACAAAGCAAGUUUGUAUGCUCCGUUACUAAAUGUUGACUGAUUUCUCAUUUUGUUCCCCGUCCCCCGGCCCAACUCUCAUUUUGGAUGCCAACAUUUUCAAGUUGUAUCUCUAAGGGUUUGUCUUCACUUUUCUGCAUGCUUGUGUUUGAGUAGAUGUGCGCACUCUUUUACGACCGACUCCGCGGUCCUCACGCGGGCCGAGUGGAGAGAAUGCGGGGAAUAAAAGAGGAAAGAUGCUUAUUUUUAUAUACAAACAUGAAAGUAGUGGUUUUUCGUUUCAUUUUUGUGUUUUGUAAGGAAUAUUUAUGUACAGAUUCAUAAUUAAAGCUAGUGACCCUGUUUUCCAGGGUUCUUUGAAGUUUUCUAAAAAACAGAAAAAAGGAAUUGAAUGCUGAUGAAAAUUGCUAUUUAAAUUGGUUUUAAACUUGCGAUACUAACAAGGCCUUACAUGUGUUCUUUUCUAAAGAAUUCUCGCCAAGAAGCACAAAAACACAAAGUCUCACCUUCUGUGAAUUUGGUCAAAAAGACACUAAACCGCAGAAACCCGGUGUGGUUCUGCCAAGCGUCGUUAAUAAUUUUACUUUGUGUGCUGCAUCGUCCCCACACUUCUCUGAAUCUCGCACAGCAGCUUCCUGCAGCGCUCACGAAUUUUAAAUCAUUGUGUAUACCAUACGUUAAGUCUUUUAAUCAUCUUACCGUAGCAGCGUAGGCGUCACUUUCUCAGAUGCACAAUCCAGAACACUAUGCUAAUCACACAAUCACAACAUGAACUCCGUCACCAACGAAGAAGAAGCGGUGGACUUGUUGCACGCACUCAACUUUUAAUUUAUGUACACGUACAUGCUACUGCGUUGGAAACAAAGCUGGACUGGUGGGCCGAUGCCCGCCUGAAGGACUGAGCGCUGCAGCCCCUGCCACUACACACACACGUAGUGAAAGAUCUGAAAUCUCUUUAUCAAUAAUGUUGAUAUGACUGCACAACUUUGGGGUGCCUCUUGUUUGAAUAUCUGUAAUAUUGUACUGUCUGUCAAUAUUUGCAGUAAUCUGGUUGAUUUCCCUCUUGUAAAGAUGGUUAAUUUCAUGCAGCCUGACGGGGGGGUAGGCAGGGUGGGUGGGGGGGCCGUGGUGACUCUGGCCGGGCCCUCGCUGAGCUCUCGGUUCCUCACUUGCGUCUGUCUUGCUUUUUAUGAAGCGUUCUUCACUUUUCUCUUGUCUGUUUUGCCUUAGAGCUUUCUAUUUUGGAAUAAACGAUGCCUAACUCUC